GGGAGGAGUGCAAUUCAGUGCCUUGUCUGGACUGGUCCCUCUGGAAGAGGAGGCUCUGACGGGAGCCUGUGGCGUGUCAAGCUCAAGGCUCAGAAAACUUACCUACUGUCCCUGCCAGUCCAUCGCCAGCACCCCUCAAUCCCGUGCCUGGGGACCUGGGCCGUAGAUGCCCCAGGAGGGGCUGCAGACUCUGAAGUGAAAGUCCCGGGUUGGCCGGCUCCUCUAACUGAUGGCAUGUUGAAAUACAUGGGCCAGUGGCAGCGAGGACAUCUGAUCCAGAGGGGGCCGCUCUAGAGGCCAGGCCACCACCACCAUGGGCCAGUGUGUCACCAAGUGCAAGAAUCCUUCAUCAACCUUGGGCAGCAAGAAUGGAGACCGGGACCCCAGUAGCAAGUCACACAGCAGGCGGGGGGCUGGCCACCGUGAGGAACAGGUGCCACCUUGUGGCAAACCAGCUGGGGAUAUCCUUGUUAAUGGGACCAAAAAAGCAGAGGCUGCCACUGAGGCCUGCCAGCUGCCAACAUCUUCUGGAGAUGCUGGGAGGGAGUCCAAGACCAAUACCGAGGAGUCUUCCUUGCAGAGGUUGGAAGAACUAUUCAGGCGCUACAAGGACGAGCGGGAGGAUGCAAUUUUGGAGGAAGGCAUGGAGCGCUUUUGCAAUGACCUGUGUGUUGAUCCUACGGAAUUUCGAGUGCUGCUUUUGGCCUGGAAGUUUCAGGCUGCUACCAUGUGCAAAUUUACCAGGAAGGAGUUUUUUGACGGCUGUAAAGCAAUAAGUGCAGACAGCAUUGAUGGGAUCUGUGCACGGUUCCCUAGCCUCUUAACAGAAGCCAAACAAGAAGAUAAAUUCAAGGAUCUCUACCGGUUUACAUUUCAGUUUGGCCUGGACUCUGAAGAAGGGCAGCGGUCACUGCAUCGUGAAAUAGCUAUUGCCCUGUGGAAACUAGUAUUUACCCAGAACAACCCUCCGGUGUUGGACCAGUGGCUAAAUUUCCUAACAGAGAACCCCUCGGGAAUCAAGGGCAUCUCCCGGGACACUUGGAACAUGUUUCUUAACUUCACUCAGGUGAUUGGCCCCGACCUCAGCAACUACAGUGAAGAUGAGGCCUGGCCGAGUCUCUUUGAUACCUUUGUGGAGUGGGAAAUGGAGAGAAGGAAAAGAGAAGUGGAAGGGAGAGGUGCACUCAGCUCAGGGCCCGAGGGCUUGUGUCCGGAGGAGGAGCAGACUUAGUCGCUCUGUUCCAGGAGCAGCGCUGAGGAUCUGCCUGCUGCCCUGCAGCCAAGUGAGGAGUUGGACCUUUCUGGAAAUUACUGAAGAUCCGGAUAUUUUCUACUUUACACCUUUCUCUGCCUUGUAUUUGAAAGGGCUCUAAAAUGCUGUAUCAUGUUUUAGGCACUUUCUUCAUUUAUUUGGUUAUUUUGGUUAUUUCUCUUUUUGGGUGGGAAAUCCCCCAAAAUAUUUGAACCUGGCUACAUGUUGUGUACCUUUUUUUUUUGAAGCCUUCAGAUAGAAUAAGCCUGCCAUUUCUUGCACAACUUUAUUAGAUUUGUUUUGUUUUUGUGGGGGAGGGUGUAGGCCUGGGUGGGGGAGUGGGAAUGUUAGGUUGAAUUAACAUUACAAAAUGAUACAGUGCCAGAUCUCAGUUUUGCAUAUUAUUUUUCAGGGCAGGUCUGUACUGUGUGUAGUGUUGUUUACAUGGUUAAAUUUAGGUUGUGACAAUUAUUUUAAAAGAUUUACACAGACAUGAAUACAGUGUUAACUGUUAGCCACAUUGCAUUAAUUUCUAGACAGUUUGAAGCUCUUGAAGAGCCAAGGCCAGUCAAGAGCAUUUGCAGUCUGACACCCACCCCGUCCCUUUAAGCUAAUUUAUCCAAAGCCCUUAUCUCCCUCAAUUCUUGCUCAUUCCUUCUUUGACCUAUUGCAUUUCAUGUUUAAUUUAUCCAUCAUCAUCAAUCUGUACCUGUCAGUCAAGUGAGCAGUUUUGUUUUUUGUUAGAACACAUUGUACUGAAAACCACUUAAGCAUUGAAUGCAGAGAAAGCAGUGCUACCUCAGUUUUGCUGGAAGUAGACUUCUUUGAUAGUUUUCUUUGAUGUUUUUGUAUUUUCAUGUCAUUAGUGGAAAUACUGCCCCCCCCCCCCCC